AUGGCUACCAAGACUGGAGAUGGAUAUACUUGGGACAGAGCUUCGGGAGUCCUCCCAGGCUUGGAAACCGAGGCUGUCAUUUCACCACGUCGAUCUGUCUCUGGUAACACCAUUUACGAUGUGAUCGUAAUUGGUGCUGGAUAUGCCGGGCUCGCAGCUGCGCGUGAUCUUGCCCACUUGCAACAUAAAACGCUUUUGAUCGAAGCACGGGAUCGUAUUGGUGGUCGAACAUAUACCGCCAAACAGGAUGGCUUUCUUUAUGAAAUGGGCGGCACUUGGGUCACGCAUCAUAUGGGAUAUCUUUUCCGAGAGAUGGUGAGAUAUGGGAUGGAUCGCGAUCUAAUCGAGACAGGCAGCCCAGGCAUGCACAAUGGCUUUUAUACAAUCAAUGUUCCAGAAGCUACACCUCGGAGGACUACCCACGAGGAAGCGGGCGCAAUGAUGGCCAAGGCCUGGGAUGUGUUUGUCAAUGUGGACGGUCAAUUUGGCCGAACCAUAUGCCCACUUCCACACGCACAGCUCGACAACGCGAUAGUCAGCCGCUCCGAGGUCGAGCGUUGGGAUCAACUAUCGUGCCAGGACCGUUUCAAGCAAAUCAAGCACAAGCUAACAGCAGAAGAGCAAGGAAUACUUGUCUCUCUGCUGCUGCAUAUCAGUGGUGGCCACAUGGAGACGUCGAGCUUGUGGGACAUGAUCCGUUCCCACGCACUGCUAAUGCACAAUUCAGACAAUUUCGCGGAUGUUUGGUUGCGAUAUAAAUUACGCGAUGGCCAAACCGCCCUGGCGAAACGCUUGUUUGAUGAUGCUGUUGAUGCCGGGCUACAAUACGCCUUUUCAACUCCAAUCAAGUCCAUCAUUCGGACCUCUUCCGGAGACGGGUUAACUCGGGUCACCGCGGUCGAUGGGGAGGAGUUCAUCGCGCGCAAAAUUAUCUGCACCAUUCCACUCAAUGUUCUGAAGGACAUUCACUUUGAUCCGCCGCUGUCGCAGGGGAGACAAGAGGCCAUCAACAUUGGCCACGUUAAUCAAAUGACCAAGAUCCACGCCAACAUUUCAAAUACAGAGCUUGAACGUUGGAAUGGCAUGCGAUUUCCUGGCCACUUGAUGUAUGGAUAUGCUGACGGUGUGCUACCAAGCGGCGAAGUCCACGUUGUCGCCUUUGGUGCUGAUGAGCGAGAUGAGUUCGUCCCAGAACGACAACCCGAGAAGGCGGUGGCUGCGCUGAACGAAAUUCAUCCCAUGGACGUGAAUAAACUGAUUUUCCACAAUUGGGCAAGUGAUCAGUAUUCCAAGGGUGGUCCGGCCUGGUGGCGACCGCAGUACAUGUCCAAGUAUCAAGACGAGCUACAGAGUCGCCACGAAAACACCUUUUUUGCUUCUGGUGAUUGGGCUCAUGGUUGGAGAGCAUCGAUUGAUGGCGCUGUGGAGCAGGGGAUUCUGAAUGCACAGGUUGCACACACUGAACUGAGGAAGGCUAAACGUUUGCCCAUACGAGGUAAUCUGUAG